CCACAAACAACUCUCUCCUUUCCCAUCUCACUCUUUCUCUCUUCAUUCUCCUAGUCUUCUUUUUCUCGCCCGCUGCAAAAUGAAGCGUUCUUACACAGAGGCGGCGGUAGCACUGGCGGUGGUGCUGGUGGCAGCUGCGGUUGUGACACCUCCCAUACGGAGGGAGUUCAAGGAGGAGGAAGAGUGGGAGGGGCCGGCCGACUUUGACCCCGAAAUGAUAAUUGACAUCACCUACCCCAUUCUUCAGCCCUUGUUUGUUUACGCUCGCAACCCCGCCGGCGGUCUUAGCCGUUCCGACUACUUGCCGGUGGGUGUUGGUGUGCCGGAGGAGCUGGUCGCCUCCAUGAAGGCCGGGGGUAUGAUUCCAGCGCCGGAGGGGCUGAAGCUGGCUGAGGAUUCGCCGAGAGGCUUCGCCGUCUCGCAGAGUCCCAGCAAUUGCCAAUUCGCCGAGAGCCUUCGCCUUCAGUCCCACUGCCCAGCGCCGACUGCCCAGUCGCCCACUGCCCAGCUCCGAGUCGCCGACUUCCUCAAUCCCAAUUGAAUCAGGUCUAUGGUGAAGAAGCUGUUGGUUCUUGAAUUUGGAAUCUUGGGGGACCAAUAAGGAUUAUAAUUGUUG